AUGAGGUGUGGAAGAGAGCUAAAGAUGGGUAACAAUGAUAUUCGUCACAGAUCUUCAGUUUGUCCAAGCCAAUUCACGAGUUUGUAUUUAGCCAAUCUUGAUCCGCAAGUCUCUGAAGAAAUGUUGAUUCAGAUGUUCUCGGGUUUCGGAAAGAUCAUAAGAUCGCUUCUAGCAAAGGAUUUCAGAGGAGACUCGCGAGGUUUUGCUUUCAUCGAGUUUGAAAUCGCCGAUAGCGCUGCACAAGCCGUGAAACACAUGAACGGAAGGUUAAUAGGUCAGAAGAUUCUAUACGUUGAGAGGACACCGAAGGUGGACGAUGGUCAAAACAUAUAA